UAUUUUCUCCUGGGUGUUUCAAAUCCUGGCCAUGGGGUCCCAGAAUUGAUCUCAGUUGGGUGUGUGUUCUAUCAUUCUGUCACCACAUAUGAGAGUAUCUCUCGACAGAAGGAGCCACGGGCCUCCUGGAUGGCUGUGAACCCUCCGGAUUGCUAGGAGAGAUACACUGAACUGCUGAGGGACUGGCAGAAGGCAUUCACGGAGUUGCUGAGGCCCCUAUGGAAGCACUACAUUCAGUUUCACACUUACUGGAGGAUGAUGGGCUGUGUUGAGGAUGGAAGCACCAAGGGAUUUCUCCAAUAUGCGUAUGAUGGACAGGAUUUCAUUAUCCUCAACAAAGACAACCUGUCCUGGGUGGCUGUGGAUAAUGUGGCUCAUAUUAUCAAGCAGGCAUGGGAGGCCAAUCAGUAUGAAUUACAAUAUCGAAGGAAUCGGCUGGAAGAAGAAUGGCUACAGAGGUUCCUGGCGUAUGGGAAAGAUACCCUACGAGAAGAACAGAGAGCAAAGCCCCCAUAAGUCAGAGACAAUCACAGAGAAACUUUUCCAGGGAUUACAACUCUCUUCUGCAGAGCUCAUGGCUUUUGCCCCCCAGAAAUUUCCAUGAUCUGGAUAAGAAACGGAGAAGAAAUUGGCCAAGAAAUGGAUCAUGGAGGCAUUCUUCCCAGGGAUGGCCCCUAUCAGACAUGGAUCUUGGUUGAGCUGGGUCCUUAGAGCAGUAUUCACUCCUAUCAUGUAGAACACUGUGGCCUCCAUAUGGUUCUUCAGUUUCCCCAGGAAUCAGAGCUGAUGCCUCCGGUGAUACAAGUCAUCUUUGGGUUCAUUGCCACCAUUGUCCUGGCAGAAAUUGGUGUUCUAGACUGGAGAAUAAGGCCUCACGGAGAGAGAGCCUGCUCGGCGGGACUAACGUUCGAACGGGCCCUGGCGCCCCUCCUCGGCCUCCGAUUGGCUCGCGCGGUGCACGAGGACGCGCCGGUCUGUACCGGAACGGUUGGCGGCCUUCUCUGA